AUGAGUGAUGAUUCAAAAGAGUUCGAACACGAUCAAGCUAAUCAAGAACUUCAUGAUUUAGAGGAUGUCAAAAGAGAAGAAGAUGAAGAUGCUGCAGAAGAACAAGAGUUGAAUCCUGAUGAAGGGGUCCUAGCAGAACACUCCGAAGAAAAGAUCACUGGCUUAGAGGACCAAGGAAAUGAUGAAGACAAUGAUGAUGAGAAUGCAUUGGACGAAGUUGAUGAAGAUGUUGACGACGAUGACGAAGAUGAUGAUGAAGAAGAUGAAGAAGAUAGAGUCAGAAGUCGUAAAAGGGCCCGUCGUGACCGUAAUCAAUUCGUGGAUGUUGAAGCUGAAGUCAGUGACGAUGAUGAAGAAGAAGACGAAGAUGAUGAAGAAUUAGCUAAAGAAGGUUUUAUUGCACCAGAACAUGACCAUGGUGAUGAAGAACCAAUCUCAAGAGAUGAUAGAUUACACAGACAAGUUGAUCGUACUCAUGAAAAGAGUACUGAAGAAGAUGCCCAAAGAUUAGCUGCUCAAUUUAAAGAGAGAUAUGGUAGAGCAAACAAGUACCGUGCUGAAGAUUCUGGUGCUGUGUCACAAAGAUUUUUAUUGCCAUCCAUUCACGAUCCAAGUAUAUGGGCUGUUAGAUGUAGACCAGGUAAAGAAAAAGAACUUUUAACUUUAGAGGGUAAACCAAAUGCUCUAAAGAUUUUAUCAGUUUUCCAAAGAGAUAAUUUUACCGGCUAUGUUUAUAUUGAAGCCAAUAAGUUGACUGCUGUUGAUGUUGCUAUUAAAGGUAUAACUGAUUUCUAUGGUAGUCAAAAAGUUUUAGUUCCAGUUGAAGAAUUCCCAGAUUUGUUGAGAGCUAAUAAAUCUUCAGAAAUAAAACUUACACCAGGAAGCUAUGUUAGAAUCAAGAGAGGUAAAUAUAAAGGUGAUCUUGCCAUUGUUGAUUCAAUUGAAGAGAGUGGUUUAGAAGUCACUUUACAAGUUGUUCCAAGAUUAGAUUAUAAAGGUGCUGAUAUUGAUGAAGAAACUGGUAAACGUAAAAGAGUUUCAAGUAAAUUCAGACCACCUCAAAGACUUUUCAGUAAAAAAGAAGCACUAGAAUUUGAUCCUACCAAUUUAACAGCAAGGUCGAGUAAUACAUUUACUUAUAAAGGUGAAGAAUAUAUCGAUGGUUAUUUAUUCAAAUUAUUCAAGGUCCAAUUCUUGGAAACACAAAAUGUUCAACCUUCUUUAGAAGAAGUUUCAAAAUUCAAUACCGGUGAUUCUGAUGAUUUGGAUUUAUCUUCAAUUGCUCAAUCUUUGAAAAAUUCUUCCUCUGUUGUUUUCAGAACUGGUGAUAGAGUCCAAGUUUUACAAGGUGAACAACAAGGUUUAAGAGGUGAUGUUAUUUCAUCUGCUAAUGAUGUUGUUUUAAUAAAACCUUUGAGUUUCAGUGGUGGUAAUUUGGAAUUCCCAACUAGUAAUUUGAGAAAAAUUUUCACAGAAGGUGAUCAUAUUAGUGUUCUAAAAGGUAAACAUAACGGCCAUACUGGUAUCGUCGUUUCAGUUAACGAAGAUCAAGUCACUUUCAUUUCAGAUCAAUCACAUAAAGAUGUUACUGUCUUUGCAAAUCAUUUGACAAAAUCCACUGACUCAUCAACUUUGAUUGAUGGUAAAUAUGGGCUACAUGAUCUUGUUAGAAUAAAUACAACAACUGUUGCAGUUAUAAUAAGAGCUGAUAAGGAUGCUUUCACGGUAUUGACUCAAGAUGGUAAGGUUUCAUCAGUUUCUCCAACUGCUAUUAUUUCAAAAGUUGAAGUUACUAGAGAUCAAUCAUUUGCUACAGAUUCUACAGGUGAGCCAAUCAAAAUCGGUGACACUGUUAAAGAAAAUGUUGGUUUCAAGAGACAAGGUGUUAUUCUUCAUAUUUAUAGAUCAGUGUUGUUCAUGUAUUCAAAAGAAACAACUGAAAAUUCAGGUGUCUUCGUUAAUGAUAUUUCAAGUGUUUCAGGUGUUGCUUCUAAGAAUAACUUUACUGAAAAGCAAGAUAAAUUGGAUUUAACAAGAAUGAAUCCAAAAUUCAGAGCUGGGGGUGCUAUGGCUCCUCCUCCAUUGCCCGUUAAAGUUCAAACUGGUCGUGAUCGUACAAUUAACCAAAACGUCAGUGUUAGAUUGGGUGAAUACAAAGGUUAUCGUGGUAUUGUUAAGGAUACAAAUGGUGAUAUUGCUAGAGUGGAAUUGCAUACAAAGAAUAAAAUCUUAUCAAUUUCUAAAAGCAAACUUGCCUUCAUUGAUAACUCUGGUAGAUUAAUACCCUAUGAAGAAUUUAUCAAUCCAAAAUACAGAGAUUUCUCAUCAGCUGCUUCUACUGGCUCUCAAAGUUCACAUGCUCCUUCUUACUCUAGUGGUGGUAGCUCAUCAUGGGGAAGCAAAACUCCAGCUUGGUCAAGUAUUGGUGGUGGGAAGACACCAAUUGGAAACAAUGGUUCAAGAACUGCUGUUGGUGCACAUGGUGCUGGUGGAGCAUCAGCCUGGGGUGGUGGUAACAAUACUGCCUGGGGUGGUAAUGCUGGUGGAGCAUCUGCUUGGGGAGGUGCUGGUGCUGGUGCUGUUGGUGGAGCAUCUGCCUGGGGUGGUGCUGGUGGUGCUUCUGCCUGGGGUGGUGGUAACAAUACUGCCUGGGGUGGUAAUGCUGGAGGAGCUUCUGCCUGGGGUGGUGGUCAAAGUGCUCGUAAGCCUACUACUGGUUACGGUUGGGGUGGUGGUGACUCAGCAUAUGGUGGUAACGGAAGUUCACAUGUUGCGAGAAAUAACGUGCUUGGGGAGCUAAAGCUCAAACUGGUUGGAACGCUGCUACACCAGGUAGCUAUCAAGCUCCAGAGACUCCAGGUAAUUACGCACCUGCUGAGACUCCAGGAAAUUAUCAAGCUGAAACACCUUAUGAAGGUGCCCCAACUCCUGGUAAUUAUGCAGCUGCAACGCCAGGAAACUACUCUGAUGAUGAGUGAUUUGGAAAUUCUCUCGCUUGGUCUGUUGUUUGUUUAA